GAUUUCGGUCGCAAGUUACUACUAGUUGACUUGAACUAUCGGCGGCGCACGAUUGCAUAGAGCAGAGCGGAUCGUCUGACUACCGUGCACUGAAUAUGGACCCACUACUCACCGGUACCGACUACAACACACAGUUUAACGCAAAACUGUACUUGGAAGAGUGCUAUACGACACCAGAAGGGAACCCCGAAGAAGAGGGUGUCCUUCCGUUCAUGCUGGAUGGUCUACACCAAGUGUUCACGGAAGGUGGUGUCUCUGGUGACAGAUUAAUUGACAUUGGCAGUGGUCCAUGUAUUUAUCAGUUCAUCUCAGCAUGUACCAAGUUCAACGAAAUAGUCACGAGCGACUACGUGGAAGAAAACCGAAUCGCCAUCAAACAAUGGCUUGGGAACGAGGUUGGCGCUUUUGACUGGCAGCCAAUCAUUCAACAUGUCUGUGAAAUGGAGAAGAGGGGUGACACGACAAUUGCCCGUACAAAUAGAAUUCGCGAGGUCGUCAAAGACGUGGUUCGGUGUGAUGUUCUUGAAUCAAAUCCGUUGGAACCCCUAACUUACCCCCAAUUCGAUUGUCUCCUGACUUGCCUUUGCCUUGAAGCUGCGUGCCAAACGAAAGACCAAUAUAUGAAUGCCCUUAGAAAUAUCACCGGCCUUCUCAAAAGCGGUGGAACCAUUGUCCAAAUUUGCGAACCCAUAAAUUACUACAGUGUCGGCGAAAAGCGAUUUGCUGGUCUCAUGGUUGAUAAAGAGUUCGUACAGUCGGCGUUGAAGAAGGUGGGAUUUACGGACCUCAAAUGCCACCAACGGCAAAGAUCUGCUGUCAACGUCAAGGACAUUAGUUAUGAGUUCACCAUGAUUAUAACGGCAAAAAAGAAGUAGAGGUUACUAUAGCAGCGAAUGUGCAUUAAAGGGCCGUGGUCGUUGUUUGUUUAUUUACAUGAAAUUCGAACACACGCUGCACGACGACCACCGCGCUUUAAGUUAAAAGAUUUUAAAUUGUGCCCUGACCAAUUAAAAACUAAAAUAGAUUGUUAAAAUUGUGUUGUACAAACCUUCACAUGUUGGGUAAAUAUGCGCACAGUCGUAAUAAAUACAGCUACGGGAUUGGAAAGAUACCCGCCUUGUCAAUAGCCGAACAUUACCGAGCACCGUAGCUUCGGUUGUGAUCGAGUUUUCAGCAUCUCAGGUGUCAUCAAGUCAUCGAAUCGCACAUUUGAUUCUCUGUUAAUAAUUUUAACACGAUUAAAUGGACUAUAUUACAUAUUCAGUGUUCGUAGUGAAGCAUUUUUCAUUGAUAUUGGCAUUUAGAUUAAACAUUUCGAGUAAUAUGUGCACUUUAAUGAGAGUGACAGCUAAUAUUCGCAAGAUGUCUGCCAUGCCAAUAGCCGAACACCACCGAGUAGUUCCGUGGAUUCGGUUAUUGUUGCGUUUUGACCGUCUUAAAUUGUUUAUAUUAUUUUAUUUUACUGGUAUUUUA